AUGUGGACCCUGAGCGAGGAGGCCUGCGAGGCCGCGGAUCCAGAGGAGGCCAUCGCGUCGGCCGACAGGUCCCGGAGCGCGUCGCUGCCGCUGCGGGUCUACGCCACGAACGGGAAGGGCUACUCGGAGCCCCUCGACGUGCGCCUGCCGUGGUCAUCGGCAUUCUCGUGGCUGUCGGAGGCUCCGUGCUGUCUCGCCACGUGCGGUCCGCCCGAAUGCCCGAUGCGAAGGAGACAGGCGGUACGGGGGCGGAUGGAGUGA